AUGGUUCCUCGCCGAGACAACCUCCGUGAGGAGGCAUUCAAAGUCCUGCUCGAGGAUGUCGACAACAGCCCAUCGCUCUACAACACGAAGGCGGACCAAGAGAGCCGCAUCGCAGCUCUUAUCGCCAGAGAGGGCUUGCAAAUCAAGAAGGCCAACGCCACAAAUGCCAUUACACCAACCGCCGGCGAGCUGAGAAGUCUUCUCAUCGCAUACAUCAGCGGUAACGGCACCCCAUAUAAAGGUGUUGAUGUCUUCAAAGCUGGCAGCCAUGCGCUUAACAGUGGCCAGCUCUCGGCUCUGAGGAGCGUGCGGCCACAGACCAAGCUGCAUGCCAUCGAAGCGCAGAACAGGGGGAUUUCCGCGCAAGAGGUCGAACAAAGCCCCUACUGCUAUUGUCGGAAGAACAAUGGGCAGGAACUCAUCAAAUGCAGCAACGAGAGCUGCGAUCACCAAUUCUACCACCUCGAGUGCGUCAACCUUGAGACGAAGCCGACCAGUGGAGAGGAGUGGUUUUGUCCCGACUGCACUCUGCCUGAAGACUCUUCAAUCUCUGGCAUCAGCGACGUCGACGGUGGCAAAGCCCGUGGAAAGAAGCGCAGCAUCGACGAAGUGCCCGACCUCGAAGCCGACACAAUUUCUGCCGAGCGUAACGCAAAGCGUGUCAAGUCCACAAGCGAAGGCGACGAGCAGAACUCUCGUGUCGUAUCAGAAGUGGGCCAGGUGCAAGCCGAAGCUGGUCCGGCUGAUACGAGAGAUAUGAUUUCUCAAACAAAGCAAGAUGCACAAACCUCGAACUUCGCUCGGUCUGAUCAACGCUCUGCGAUCCGGAAUACACAGACCGGUGUCCUUCGAAUAGUUUUCAGUCAAAAAGCUGAUGGUGGUGUAUCUGGAUCGAAGCGCAAGAGGGACGAUGGCUUAGAGUCAGAUCAGCCUCGCGAUGGGCGCGGACAAGGCAACCCAGCAUCAUCCAACGUAGAGCUUGUUGCGGGAGACGUAGAAGAACCACAGUCUAAGAGGUCGAAAACGUCUCAACAAGCGUCAGACUUGCACAACUUCGAGGCCGUCAUUGAGCAAGAAUCUGCAGGACAAGAGGCAGAGACUCUUCCCAGUACAGCCAACGCUGGAGAAAAAGUUCAGUCGCAACCAAGUCAAGCUGGAAGCUAUCCGGACCGCCUGAGGGAGAUAGAAAACCUGGCAGGCGAUUGGCAGCGAAUCCGCAUCGAUAUCCAAAACCUCGCAGCGUUCUUUUUCGAAGGAUUCGCUCUUGACAAGAGCUCUGUUCCUCCUCUCGCCGCCGAUCCAAGCGCAGAUCUCGAGCGGCUCUAUCAGACCGUUUUUGGCGACUGGCGACAUCACGUUCUAGUUCAAGAACCAACGUUCCUCCGCUGGACCCGAGUUCUGCAAGGUCUCAUAGGCGCAUCCUUGUAUGAGAGGAUUUUGUCGAAGCCUGUGCCGUGGCAAACUCCUCGGCAGUUGCUUGAGCAGCUCCGACCAUGGCAUCAUAGUUAUGACCGCUUGCUGAGGUUCUACACCGAUGGCAUUCCAGGAGGGUUUGCGUACGUGGUUUGGCAGGCCGGUAUGAAUGUUUUGGACGAUGGGGACUUCGUGAAAGAGAAGAUCGAGCCGCUCGCCCAGGAUCUUGGCAAAGCUUUGCUCGGAGACAUCAAAUCUCAUUUGCAGCAAGUGAUUGGAAGGAAAACCUUGCGCAUGCCAGAGAGUCCAGACUUCUGGCCGGAGUGCUUGGAGACGGCCACCGAUCUCUGCAGGCUGGCGCUGCUCACGCGAGGACGUCUAGACGCCGCACCACAUGAUUACGAGUUCUACUGGGUUUUGCCGGGGGCCAAGUUGGUGCAGUAUUGGUCACAGCAUAUCGGUGUCGGCACGACGGAAGAGGUGGUGAUGUGCAUCCUCCCAGGUAUCAAAUUCGUGGAUAGAAAUGGUGAGCUUUCCAUGGCUGUAAAAGCACAGCGUAGCUUUGACUCUCUACUCCGGCAGAUCGACCUUGACUCCCCACCACAUCAGUGGGUUGAGUUGGCUAAGCAUCUGGCACUGGGGAGAAUCUUCGAUUCCUUGCUCCAGCAGGUCGAGUUGGCUGGGCGUUUUAUCAGACGCGUCCUUGGAAGCGACACCGAAGUGAUUGUCUUGAAUCUCACGCCUCGUCCCUCACUACGCAUUUCGAAGCGUCCUGAGAAGCGUCACCGAAGUGAUUGUCUUAAAUCUCACAUCUCGGCGGCUUUAACGUCUCAUGGCGCAUUCUCGCUCUGUCUCCAUAGCAGCACCACGCCUUUCGCCUUAUUCCCUACAUCCCAUCCCUUUUUCAAUCUCGCACAUCGCAUGAUCGCUCUAUCUCCAUGGCAGCACCACGCCUGUCGGUUCUAUUUGGUAGGCCGUUGGAUCGGACGCGCAGUUGGAAGCGAUACUAAGUUGAUUACCUUAUCCCUUCCAUCUCAUCCUGUUAUCAAUCUCGCAUAUCGCAUAAUCGCUCUAUCUCCAUGGCAGCACUACGCCUAUCGGUUCUAUUUGUAUCCUGUACUUUCCAUCUUCUCCGGUUAA